ACACGCUGAUUCCAAAUCAUUGCCAACACUAGUUUGAGUCCCCGUCCCUGAAACUCCCCCCAACGGCUAUAUUUCCUUCUCUCAAUCAUAUGCCCUUCCCUCAACGGUCCUUUCCCCACCUUCAGCCUCCACAAUUAAUACUUCUUGCUUAUCCCCCUUCCAUACCACUUCCCUCCCUCUUCUCCUCCUCCUUCCAUCGCAAUGGCCACUCCUGCUCCCGCCGCCUCCCCUUCUGUUCAGCAUGUCGCCAAAAAGUCUUCCGACCAACUCCUCCAGAAAUUCGCCCACUUGGAUUCGCGUUCCCCCAAACUCAAGUCUAAGCGCCGUAUCACCGUCGCCGAAUCUUGCUGUCGCAGCCCCUCCCAUGGAGGCUCCGCUUUGGUCGAGAGGAGGUCGCUUCUCCCCCUCGCCUCCACUAGCCGCUCUGCUUUGCUCCGCCAGCUUGGCAUUGCCCGCGCCCGCCUCAAGGCAAGGGACAUCAGAAACAGAUCCGUCUUCGGAACCCUUGAGAAGACGUGGCGGAGUACGGUAGAAGGUGCAUCCAGAGUUUUCAUGGAGAAGCAUUAUCAUCGCCAUAAGCGUCUGAUCAGUGAUAUUGUUUAGCCUCUUAUCUGCUGUCCCCUGAGAUGAACGCAUAGCUCUGGACAGAAACUCAGACUAUAUGUAUGAUAUAUAUAUAUAUAUAUAUAUAUAUAUAUAUUGCACUAUCACUAUUCGUUAUUCAUUAAUUGAUGCUAUUCUUUAAUUAGUCUCCGAAUAAUAUAUAAAUUCCAUCGUUUCUUUGUU